GUGUUGCACCGGGCGAGCGACAGACAAACUUACAGGUGUUGCACCGGACGAGCGACAGACAAACUUACAGGUGUUGCACCGGGCGAGCGGUCCCCUCCUUGUCGUGUGUAAACUAAUUCCGCCUGGGGCCGCCUCUUGUCGGUACCUUGGAGGACAGUCUAGGACAGAGAGUGGUGGGUCACGUGGCUUGCUGUUGCAAGUAGUGUUUGCGAGCGUGUCCUAGUCUGUCCUAGUCGGUUAUUUCACACUGUGAGUUAGGGAGUCGGGAGGUGACAAAAGAAGUAGACAGAGAAGUACCCGGAGAAAAGGUACGGAUGGUCAGUCCAGUACACAGAUGCUUCGUCUACAGUGUGCAUACUGUGCGAGGUCAGCCCGCCUACAUCCACCCGCACCCCGACAAAAGAUGUCAGUGGCUGACACACGACACUCACUGCUCUACCUCACCACCUCCUCCCACCCCUUCACACUUUUCUCAACGUUGCCAGCAUUGUCAAGUUAAGAGACGUCCUUGUGCUGGUGAUGAACACCGCGCAGUGAACGCCGGCCAUGAAGUUAUGAAGACGUGGAGAAUGACUGCAGUCACGUGAUCACUUACGCCACCCGGGUAAGCGUGACAUUCGUUUGCUUUAGAAAAGAAAUAGCAUCUGAAAAGCCCAGCUCUCUGCUGUCCACAAGCCGAUGUCAGAUCCUGCCUACGGUUACCUCCCUCUCUCUCUCUCCUUCAAUCAGUCGAUGGAUCGAUCGUCGACCUCUUGAUGGUUUCUUGCUGGGAUCACACAGACAAGUACGUGGCGUUCUUACGGCAAAUAUUUACCUCCCAGUGCACAGGUACCGGUCGUCAAAACACGGGCCCCAGACAACAGUCAGGUGAGCUCGAGGUUCCUUGACGAAGGAACCGACUGGAGGAACAAGGCCGUGACGUCACCAGUCCUAUAUUCGCCAUACAAUUUCUGACGUCACGGCCUAGUGUCCUUUCAAGUCACCAUUGGUCUUCACUGGGUUACAGUGACCAGUAAAACACCCGGUGUGACUGUCACACAGCCUCCUACUCAACGUUCGGGUCAUUCCGUGCACAGAAAUACCACCCAUCCUCCACUCUACCACCCUCCGCAGUGAGACAAUCGCGGUGGCAACUCACGUAGUAUGUGAGCAGAGGGUGUGGACUCCAGUGGCAACUCAUGGCAACUCACGUAGUAUGCAACGAGAGGGUGUGGACUUCAGUGGCAACUCAUGGCAGCUCACGUAGUAUGCAAGGAGAGGGUGUGGACUCCAGUGGCAACUCAUGGCAGCUCACGUAGUAUGCAACGAGAGGGUGUGGACUCCAGUGGCAACUCAUGGCAGCUCACGUAGUAUGCAAGGAGAGGGUGUGGACUCCAGUGGCCGGGCUUCCCAUGUGUGGGUGUAGCGAGACAAGAUUUCCAAGCAAGACACUCGCCCAGACAGCACGAGCUACGAGCUAUCGCAACUACACGUGCAUGGUGUGAGUCACCCCCUCCUGUCAUGACGGGCUGGCCACCGCGCGCUGUGUGCAUUAUAUAACUGAUACUAAUUACUCCACUGCCUGAUAAACAAGAGUUAUUUCUGUGCUGAGGUCCGACACGGCCAGACCGCGACUACGUGGCCAGCGGCAACUUCCGGCAAGGUGCGGGCCUGCGGGCGGCGAGGUCACGUGACUGCCGGCUGCGCGAGACGACGCGGGUGUCAUGGCGGAGACGAGGUUUGUGUCGGAGACAAAUCACACGAUGACCGCCACACACGUGUCAGCUGAAGGAUCUGCAGGUAUCUAUGGCGUGUACGUGUCUGCACUUAUCUGUCAGCUGCUCAACUGGCUGGUGAAGUGUGUCGGGCCGCCCGGCUGUCUGCGCGACGAUGAGUGGAAGUGGAGGAACCUGCUGGUGUCCUGGCUGCACGCACUGGUCUGUGUGGUGUGGUGUCUCAUCAGUGUCAUCCUAUACCCUCACAUGUUCUAUGAUACACAGUACUUCCUUAACAAGUGUAUCUUGUUCCUUGUGGCUUUCUCAACAGGGUACUUCCUGUAUGACUUUAUCGACAUUGCUAUCAACGGGCGCAUGUUGAGUAUGUGGGAAGUUGAGCUGCAUCAUGUGGCGGUUGGAGGUAUGUUCUACUACAAUCUCUACAAUACUGAAUGGAUUCCAUUCAACAUCAUUGCUUUGCUGAUUGAAGUCAACUCCUUGUUUCUCCACUCUCGUAAACUGCUUCAAAUGAUUGGUGUACCCUUCACCUCAUGGCUGUAUCGCAUAGUCAUUUUCUUAAACAUCUCUACAUUUGUUAUUUUCCGUGGGAUCCCUUUGAUCGCAAUUUCCAUAGCUCUCACUCAGUGGUAUAGUCGGGUGACCUUGACCUAUUACCUUUCUCUAUGUUCGUCCAUGUUUGUGAUGCUUGUCAUGAACCCUAUUCUGUUCAUGCGGCUUUUGCGCAGCGACUAUUUACGUAAGGGCACGUCCAGAAGAAACAUUAAAGUGAUGAAUGGCAACAACAACCAUGUUGGCUCUGUAGCCCACAAUAAAGAGAGCUGACAAGUUCAGUGAUCGAUUGAAGCCUGACAAGUAUUAUGAUUAAAGAACAAAAUGUUUCCUUUGUUAGGGUUUUUGUGGUGGUGGGGGGGGGGGGGGGCAGGUUGGACUGAUAUGUUAGUACACAGUCUGCGUACAUUUUAGGCAUCUUGUGUACUUUUUUACUGUUUCUAUCAUCAUUAUAUCAUCAUACAACCAAACCAUGGUGGGAAGGGGUUGGGUGGGAGUGUCAUGUGAUUUUAUGAAUCAACCAGCCUAGGUACAUUCCAGAAUCAUGUACCUUUGCACCUUUUGUUUAAACAAGCUAUGAGUGUAGAUAUGUUCUUUUAUAUAUUUAUACUCUUUGCAUUUGAUUAUACAGAUGAUAUAUAUUUCAGGGUUGUUAUAUACUUUUGUACUUUUUGUGUUAUUAUACUGACACGAUGGAGCCUGGUCUGCCUACAGUGAGUUCUUGUCGUUAUACACAUUGUAAAAUGUGUUCACUGACAUUUUUUUCUCUCAGUAAAACUAAAAUUAUGAUUUUGGGCAAUCACCAUAGACUUGAUCUGAUUUUGCAAGGUCUGAAUUCCACCUUCAUGUGCCAUUGUUGUUUUUUGUUUGUUUGUUUGUUUUUUUCUUCUAAGUCCUUUGCCUCGUGAAGUUUUCUAGUCUUGCAUAUCUAUUCGUUCAGUGAUGUCAUAUUCGGCCUAAUUUUACAGAUUUUGCUGUUGGAAUAGUCACUAUAAACAGUGAUAAAUUUGUAGUCAUAACAUGGGAAUAAAUUGGGGCAUUUGUGAUAAUUUUCUGUUUUAUUGUCAUAAAGUAAAAAUAGUAUUGUGGUGAAUCUCAUGUUAGGGAAAAAAUGCUAUUCUACACCACUCUGAUUGUAAAAUCUGGGUUUCUUAUAUUUUUUUUCAUAUUCCAUUAGCUUAUAAGAGAAGUCUUUUGUUUUGUGGUUGCAGUGCUUGUCAAGUCAUUCACUGUCACUGUUUAUUUUACUGCAAAAUGUUUUGUGGAAAGAUUUUUAGAAAUACUGAUUUUUAAAGAAUACCUAUCAAAAUAUGCUUUACUUGUUUUACACUUUAUUUAUAAUCAGUUAUUUCCCAGCCUUUGGUUAGAGUUAUCUAAUUUUAAUUUAAUAUGAACAAAUAAAUGUUUUUAUAUUGAUAUUGCAUGAAGUUUAUUUGUUAUUGUGAUACAUUCAUUUAAUCUUUUGUCAUAAUGGCUUCACAACAUGUUUUCUUCUCAUUAUUUAAUACUGUGGAUGUUCACAUGGUAAACAUUAAAGCUAUGUUUGUUUGACAGUAGAGGAUAUGUGGUUGCUAAGGUAUCUUUAUACCAUAAAAGAUGUGGAUCUUGGGCCAAACAUUUCUCAACCCAUUCUUUCUUUGUAUACUUUGUUGCUUGCAUACAUAGUAACCAUUGCAGAUAAGUUAUUCUCUUAUACAUAUAUGUUGGGAUGAUAUGAUCAGAUGUGUGUGCUGCUGCGGCUGAUAAAGCUUCUUGUCCACCUUUCUUGUUCAUCUAUUUUUUUCUCUAGUCCAUCCAGCCCCUUUCAUUAGUCAAGCAGUCUUAUUUCUGGAAAUUGUCAUUGUUCUGUUGUCAGUAUUUAAACAAAGUUUCCCAGAAUCAUAAUAAUCAAAAUCAAGAGUCAAAAUAAUAGAGAUAUAUUUAUUGCAUUUUUUUAUAGAUGCAGUCAUUGGAAUAUUUUCGUAUGUUGCAUUUUCAGAUAUUUUAACAACUAUAGUGUUCAUGUUCUAUUCUUUUUAAACAGAUUUUUUUUUCUUAAUGCAGUCUGUGAUGUAUUUAUGGAGUUAGCAUCAGAUGUUUUUUUUAUCUAUGGAAGGGAUAUAUUUUAUUAAGAAAGCAUCAUAAUUUAAUGUAUUCAACUAGCAUAUAUGCAAGAUUUAAAAUUUGAUCACGAUCUAUUAGGAACAUUUACAACAUAAGGUGUAUCUUUAUGUAGAGAAUAGGAUGCAUAUUAUCAUCCAGUUUAGUGCAAUGGUCAUGUUAUGACUAAUGCCAUGUGAGUGUUCAUAUUGAUUCUUAGCUCUACAGCUGUACCUCUGAUUUGUGUUUUGCAUUUUUGUAGCCAACUUGCUGGUAACCAGCUUCAGCGUCACUUUGAGUGUAACAUGCAAGUUGCACUGCUGGUGGUCAAAAUUUGUGUAUUCUUUUAAUGAAAAAGUACAUCUAGUACAUCUUUAUUACAAGAUGAUGUAUAUUCAAUGGUGUUAGAAAUUUUCUUUUAUAUAAUUAUAGAUUAAGAAGUGAAGUGCCUACUUUUUAAAGAUCCUACUUUUGAUUCUUCGGUGUGAUGUCUCUUAUUCAUCCAAGAAAUAUGUUAAUUGAGUGAGGGAGCUGAUAUUGCAGUUAGUGUGUUGAGUGUUCAGCCAUGCUGGAUAUGCUUUAAAAUUUCAUUUGUGACUGGAGAAACACUCUGUCAGCAAGUAUACAACAACGCUGUCAUUGGCCUGGCCAAAUAGUGUCACUUCUGUCAAAGUGAUAUGAUGAAACAUAGGUAACAAAAAUCAUUUAAACCUAGACUUUUUUUUCAAACUCAUCUUGAACCUAAUUCUUUUAAAACUGACAAUUGAAUAGUACUAGCAAUACUAUGGUAAUAUGGUGGCCUGAUCAGAAGUAUUAUCGGUAUUAUCAGACCACCUUUUUCUUUGCCUAGUCAGAUGGAUUCACACAAGCACAUCAUAUACACAUAGCAGGUCACUAAAUGAAUAUAUACCUAUCAGGGCUUCUGCUUACGCAAAAAAUUGCGUACAGUACGCAUUAAAAGUUCGGAGGACCCCUUCAAUUUUCAUCAAUGAGGUCUCCUUCAAAUUUGGGCGAAGAACAGGGACCCCUUAAAAAUCUGAUGAAGGGGUCCCUGGGACCCCAAAGAAUUUAGCCUUAGCAGAAGCCCUGCCUAUGUACACAUACUCAGCCAUUCCAUGCUUGACUUUUGAAUGUAGAGAGCAGUUGUUUAAAUUAUUUAUAAUAGUCUUUAACCCCAAAAAGCCAGAAGUAGCCUUAUACACAAAAAAAUCGGGAAAUUCAAUGCCAGGUGUUCAACAACACUGCCUUUUCAUCAAAGACAUAAAGAAGUACUUUAACACAGACAUGCUGCAGUUCAUGGAUCACUGUUGUGGUACAAAUGUUCAGGAGAUCUUUAUUUAAUAUCAGAAUAUCAGGGAUGUGCUAGGGUUAGCCAAACCAAGUGAAGGACUUUGUGUAAAAGACAUCGAGAAGACACAGGGCAAGAAGAUAUGUUGCAUAAGCUGAAUGAGUUACUGCCUCUAGUCAAUAAUUCUUUACAAUCAAUGCAUCAAAGUCAGACAUUGCCAAAGCUGAUGGUGGAAUAAGUUGCCAUCUGUCAUCUAUACUUUAUAGUAUAUAUAAAACAGAACUAGAACAUGAUAAUCAAUAGCCUUCAUGUAAAAGCACAUCUGAUUUGUAUCAUUUAAAACUCCAUGAAAAUGUCAUUGCAAUAUCAUUAUUUAUUUUAUAUAUGUGCCUCCAAGUGGUGACAUUGACUUUUGAUCUUAAAAAGUAAGGUUUGAUGCAGCAUUUGAUAUGUUUUGCUGGUAGGACUGUGACACACGCAGUGGAGCCUACUAUCAUUUUAACAAGUCAUGAUCAUACAGCUGAACUGCUCUUGGCCAAUAUAAUGCAAGCUGUGGAUGAGCCUGUCUGUAUUCGCAACUCCUAGCCAAAGAAAGCAUUUUAAUUAAAUUUUUAGAACAUAAUAAUAAUGAGUCAUUCACACCAGUGAUGACACCAAUGUAAAUGAUCUUGUUGCUGAGUGCGAUUUCUGAAUUAAUGUCAAAUCUUGUUAUCAUAACAAAUGCGCUUUAUGAUUUUGCUCAUCAUCUAGUUACUAGUAAUAAACACACUAAAAAUAAUAAUGCCUAUAUUGUACUUGGUUGUAGAAGUCAUUCAUUGCACACCCCACACAUACAUCAAGGAGUCAAUCUCUUACGUAUUUUGGGGAAAGAUUUGCUUAAACUACUUUUUUCAAAAUUCCUUGUGUCUGUGAAUACCAUAAGGCUGCUUUAGCAGGGCUGUCUAAUGUGGUGCCAGUGAAGAAGUAUUUUUUCUAGUGUACCAACAUUGGUCAUUGGUGGGAGCAGAAAUUUUGAUGCAAGAGAGAUAUGUGCUUGCUAUUAUUAUCGGUUAUAAAAUAUGAAUGAAAGUUGCAAAACUUAAAAAUAGUUAAGAGUAAAAAGUAUAAUUUCUCAUCACAGAUCUGCAUUCUUGACAAUGGUUAAAUUAUUCAAGCAAAGUACUAAAGCAUUUUCUUUGUGUUUUGCAUGUCACUGUUUCUGCAGCAGACUUUCUUUUUGUAACUGCUGCAGGGACAAGAGAGGUGUUCCAGGCUAAUUUGAGACAAAGAAAGUCCUGAAGACAAUAAAGAAAGCAUCAAAUGUAAAAUAGAAAUGGAAACCUGACACAUCAUCUGGCAUGUCACUGCCAUCUACACUGUCGUUUCCCUUCUCAGUCCAGAACUCUUUAGGUGCUUUCAUCUUCUUCCUCUCCCCCCAACCCCCCCAUCCUCCAAUGAUUUUUGUGUGCAGCUCAGCCCUUUACUCAAACUUUUCCAAUGUAAUACUUUCUAAUGUAAAACAGAUAAUUAGUAAACAAAUGAUCAGAAGAUUGUUGAUUGAGAUGAAAGUAGUCCCUUACACAGCAAUUUCAGCAUUUCUAAACAUUUUAAUCUUGGCAAGAGAAACAGCAUUAGCUUUGGCCUGGAACACUUUCAUUUGCUUAAACAAAUGGAAAAUCUGCUUUAAAGAGAGAACAGCACCUUAUUGUUGUCUAGUAUUCAGACUGUGCUAAACAUCCACUAUGUGACGAGAUGUUUAUAUUAUUCUGUAAUUUAUAUAUAUAUUAACAAACUUUUUUUGUUUGGUCUGUAUUAUCACCUAAUAUGUCUUCAAUUCUAAGUCGAUAUAUACAUACCUUUAUAUAUCUCAGUGUUAACUGUUAAUUGUAUCUAAUGUACAGAAGCCUAAAUUCCAAAACUUGUUGCAUAAUACUGGUGAUAGGUUUUGUAGGUUUUGAGUUGAUAACCCUUUUCAGAAAUCGUUUCGUCAACAUUUUCCAUACCAUUGCAGUGGGUUUGUGUAGGUCACUUUCAUGUUUUGUCCUUGAAGAAGGGCUUUAUCAGAAAUACGAGAUGUGAUGUUUCAAUGUGCAUGAUGAUGAAAAAUGCUUUCUGGAUUAAGAUAUUAGAGCCAUGCAGAUCCAAGGGGUGAACUCCAAAAACAUUAAAGGUUUAUUUUGUAGUUGUUUAGGGGAGAGGGAGACUGAAACUAGCGAAUUUUCCUGUCUUGAUGUACUCCAAACCCACUUGCCGCUAUAUAGGUGAUGCUAUCUCACUAUAUUGAAUGCUUGGCCUUUUAGUGUGUGUGUGAAUGUCAAAACUGCCUGUGUUUUGUCUUUCACAAUUGAAAAGGUAGCUAUCAAUCAAUUUUUGUUGCAUGCUGAUUUAUCUGACAUUAUGAAUAGUAAGAUGGCUUCAUGGUGGUUUGUGAUGAACAUUAUCAACUACUGUAUAUCACCAUGGCAAUGUAAAACAGUUCCCUGGCAGUGUUCUUUUCAGGUAUCUGUCUACUGAUGAAGAUACAUAAAUGAAGAAAAUGUAACCAAAUGUUCAUGAGUGUGAUGCUGGAGUUCUAAAAAUAAAUUUGGGCAGCAAAAUUACAGAGAAUGACGAUAUGAUUCACGUCAGUUUUGAUACCCCAAUCAAAGAUGUAUGGUAACAGCUAAAGCAACUCCAACUCAUGAACUGAAAGAAAAUAACAGGCUAUUCUCCUUAACAAUACAGAGUAUUAUAAACCAAAAAAGUCUAAAUAAGAAAAAAGGUGCUCAGGACAAGGCAAUGUCAUUAUUGUGUACUUGAGAUUGUUUUGUACUUGUUUUACAUAGAGUAUGACUUGUUUUACAAAGAGUAUGACAAUCUCAUGUUUUUUUGUUUUGUUUUUUUUUAAACAUUUUGACGCAGGAAAGAUAAAUCAAAAUUCUGAACAGUACUGAAAUUCACAUUUCAAGGUCAGUACCUUUAGUCACUGUUCAAGUGGCAGUUGAGAGGGCUGUGUUGGUGCAUUUAUAUUUUUCUUCUUACAUUACUGAAAGUGUAGUUGUAAUGUUAUAUGUAACAGUGAAUCCAAAUAUAUUUUUUAAAUGCCUUUGCCUAUUACAUCUAAAAAAUUUACCUUACGCAAACAAUAUUUCCAAACUGGGUGGCAGAUGUCAAACUGUACUCUAGCAUACACCAGUGAUGUUGUUUUUUCUAGAUAGCUUGUUUCAGAAAGAUCUGUAUCAAAAGAACAGCAGGAGUGAUGUGGCAGAUUAGUAGGUGCCUCAUCAAGUGCACUUCCUGCAUAAUCAGAACAAACUAUUUUUUGCUUACGAGCCCUAUUUUCAUAAGCUAGUCCACAUUUUUAUGUAGAAAAAUGCAAAUGUUGACAGAUAUAAUCUUUUUUUUCUGCUUAUGUACUAGACAUUCUACCUUGUAUUUUAACAUUGUUAUAUCUUUACCUUUUUGAUAAGUUGUGUCCAAUGAUAAUAUGUUUAUUAGUAUAGCACUUUUUCCUACCAUUAAUCCUAUCCGAAAGAUAAUUUAAAUGUCUUAUAACAGUUAAGGGGUUGUGUCCUAUAUCUUUAGUACACGAAUCCUGUGUAACUCACAUAUUUUCCAACAUUACUUUAUUCAUUAUGAUAAUUCAAUAGUACUACAUUCUGUAAUAAAUUCAUAUCAUCAUAGAAACUUGAAGGAAAAGGCAAAUGAAGUGGUAAAUUGGGCUCGCAUGAUACUGGAAUUCUGUUGCUUUUGCGUAAAACUUAAAGAGCUUUUUACUUGCAUCAUAACACAACUCUGAAUCAGUUCAUGGAGAAAACCAUAUUGUAGUGACACCCUUCAUGUCCAAUAGUUUAUUUUGGUCUGCACAGUUCAUACAUAGAUCUGAGUGAAGGAGUGGAGAAUGGCACAUGAUACAGGAUGAAGUUAAGAAGAGACAAGUGAGUGGCACUGCAGCAGUAUGUACAAUAUUAUCAUGGUUGCUGUAGAGAAAGAUUCCCAUCAUGUCAAAGAUCUCUUUUGCAAAAUUGAAUGAAAGUCAGUGCAGGCCUCUUUUAGUGUCAUUAUUUUAAAUUGGAUUGUGCUGGAGGUAUUAUUUAUACACAUUCUUGCUUAGAAAAAGAGUGUACCCACUACUUUCUUAAAGUUGUGCCUUUCUUGUCAAAUGGUGCCUCACAUGACUCGAAAAAGAAAGCACAGUUUGCUCCUCUUUGCCAAAAAUAAAAAAAAAAAA